GCUACAUCCACUGUGGAAGUGGACAUGGAGAGGGCAGAGAAGCUGCAGGUCACCCGUGCUGACUUCAUGGGAUCCCUCAACAAUGACAUUAAACCAGCAUUUGGCACAAACCAGGAAGAUUAUUCCAGCUACAUCAUGAAUGGCAUCAUCAAAUGGGGAGACCCAGUUACCCAUGUUCUGGAUGACGGCGAGUUGCUUGUACAGCAGACCAAAAACAGCGAUCGCACCCCACUGGUGGCUGUGCUGCUGGAGGGUCCGCCACACAGUGGAAAGACAGCUUUGGCAGCUAAGAUAGCAGAAGACUCUCAGUUCCCCUUCAUUAAGAUCUGCUCUCCUGACAAGAUGAUUGGAAACUCUGAGAUCUCCAAGUGCCAGGCAAUUAAAAAGGUCUUUGAUGAUGCUUACAAAUCCCAGCUCAGCUGUGUGGUGGUGGAUGACAUAGAGCGUCUGCUUGACUAUGUCCCCAUUGGUCCUCGUUUUUCCAACUUGGUUCUGCAAGCUCUUUUGGUUCUGCUGAAGAAGCCUCCGCCCAAGGGCCGAAAGCUACUCAUCAUUGGAACCACCAGCAGGAAAGAUGUUCUGCAGGAGAUGGAGAUGCUGGACGCCUUCAGCACCACAAUCCACAUUCCCAAUAUAUCCACUGGAGAGCAGCUGGUGGACGCCUUAGAGCUACUUGGGAGCUUUACAGAUAAAGAAAGAGCCAGUAUUGCACAGCAGCUCAAGGGCAAACGUGUCUGGAUUGGCAUCAAGAAGCUUCUUGUGCUCAUAGAGAUGUCUCUGCAGAUGGAUCCAGAUUACAGAGUGACCAAGUUUCUAUCUUUGCUUAGAGAAGAAGGGGCGGAUCGCAGCUUUUAUGAGUGAAGGACCCUGAUGAACUGAGGGAAGUUUCACCCAUUCUGCAAUCAGACUUACAGGAUAACAUUGGAAGAAGAAAACAGAAGAAACCAUUUAUUUGUUCAUGAACACACUGACUCAUCAUAUAUCUAAACACUUGGUUCAAAAUUUGUCAGCAUGUUUCUGUAUAACGAAUGUCCCAAAGUUGGGACAUCACAGAUUAUAUCCAACAAGUAGAAGUUGUACUGUUACAAUUAUGUUGUCUUUAAAGAUAACUGCAACAGAUGAUUAAAAACGUGUGAUACUGUGCAAAGUGUGUGAAAACAUAAAAACAACCUGUGUUCUUAACCUAACUGUUUGUGGUGUUGGUCACACAUCUUUUGUCUGACAGAAGGUAGUUAUUGUUGUGCAUCUUAACACAACGUUAUAAAACUCGUUUAAGUGAUAAAAUGUAAAGAACCUAUAUUUUAGGAUGUAAAUUGGAAAAAAAGGCUGUUAUGUUUAUGUAUUAUGUAUAUGAAACAGAAGCUGUUCUGUGUGCAAAUGUAAUCCCUUUAAAAUGCUGUUUGAUUAUGUUAUGUAAAAGGUAUAAAGUGCUCAUAAGUUAACAUAUCUCACAUUCUUGGUAAUUUUUCACAUGAUGUGAAUGAUAACACAAACAAUUUUCUUCCCACUCAUAGUUAGUGGUGGUGUAAAACAAUUUCUUGUAAAACAUAUAAUAAAAUGAAAUAAAAUAAAAGGUUUACCCUUUUUAAAUCUUAAUAAUAACACCAGGAACUUCCCAAAUGACCCUGUUUACAUCCUCCUGUUCUUAAUGCCAUGUAUUGCCUCCUUAUGUGUCAAUAACAGCUUGAAGUCUCUUGUG